AUGAAUCAGACGUGCAAGGUCUGUGGAGAGCCGGCGGCCGGUUUUCAUUUUGGCGCGUUCACAUGCGAGGGAUGUAAGUCGUUCUUCGGCCGUUCGUACAACAAUCUCUCCUCCAUAUCGGACUGCAAGAACAACGGUGAAUGCAUCAUCAACAAGAAGAAUCGCACGGCCUGCAAGGCGUGUCGUCUCAAGAAAUGCCUCAUGGUGGGCAUGUCAAAGAGCGGCUCACGCUACGGACGUCGCUCCAACUGGUUCAAGAUCCACUGUCUGUUGCAGGAGCAACAGCAGCAGGCGGCGGCUGCCAUGGCGGCACAUCACAACAGUCAGCAGGCUGGUGGCGGUGGUGGCGGUGCGAAUGGUGUGAAGGCCAUGACAGGCGUGCCACCGCCAGCAGCGGCUGCCGCUGCUCUCGGCAUGCUUGGGCAUGCCGCCGGUGCCUAUCCCAGUCUCUAUGCUGCGGCGGCGGGGCCGCGCAGCAAGGAAGAGCUCAUGAUGUUGGGCCUAGAUGCCGGGGACUAUGCUGCCCUGAAACAUCCGGCGGUUGCAUCCCCAUCGGUCAGCUCACCAGACUCGCACAACUCCGACAGUUCCGUGGAGGUGAGUGUGCGUGGCAAUCCGCUGCUGCACUUGGGUGCUAAGACGCCCACAUCCGGUUCUGGGGGCUCUGACGGGAUACAAAGUGCUGUUAGCACAGUGCCAGGUCGACCACCGCAGUUGCGCAAGGAUAUGCCACCGUUUCUGCCCUUGUCCUUUCCCGGCUUGGGCUCCAUGCCCGUCAUGCCUCCGCCUGCCUUUCUGCCACCCUCGCAUCUGCUCUUUCCUGGCUACCAUCCCGCACUGUAUUCGCAUCAUCAGGGUCUGCUGAAGCCCACGCCGGAGCAGCAGCAGGCCGCUGUGGCCGCUGCGGCGGUGCAACAUUUGUUCAACUCGAGCAACGCAAGCGCCGUCCAGCGGUUCGCGCCUCAAGCGCCCAUCCUUUCGCCCUUUACUGCACAGCUCAAGGAAGAGCCGACAGCGCAGCACAGUCCCAAGAGCGAUGUAGCCACUGCCUAUAAUAACAACAACAAUAAUAACAACAAUCACAUAAUACCAAACGGCAGCAAGGUGGCGGCCGAUGAGCUUACGAAACGAUUCUAUUUGGAUGCAGUGCUCAAGUCUCAGCAGCACAGUCCGCCCCCGUUGGCGACCAAACUGCCCCCGCACAGCAAACAGGACUAUUCCAUAUCGGCGCUGGUCACACCCAACUCGGAGAGUGGGCGGGAGCGUGUGAAGAGCAGACAGAGUAAUGGCGAGCUGGACGAAGAGGAUGGAGAUGGCUCAAGCGCGGCUAAAGUCGCUGAAGAUGAAGAGGAGGAAGAUCUAGUGGUGUCCAUGACGCCACCUCGCUCACCUGCUCAGCUGACACAAGCAGCCGCAGUGGGUGAGGAGCGGACAGAAGCACAGGAUAACCCCAUAGACCUGAGCAUGAAAGCCACCGGCAGCUGCGUGAGUUCCAGCACGCUCAGCCGCAAGAGCAGCGCUCACGACAGUGAUAGCAACGAGGCGAGGCUAGAUGAGGAAGAGCUGGAGGUGUCAGCCGAUGGCGAAAAAGGAGCUGAUGCUCAGCGGGAUGGGGAUGGGGAUGGGGAGGUAGAGGAGGAGGAGGACAACAGUACCACAGAAACCGUCAAGACUAGCAUUGAACAGUGCAACAAUAACAAUAAUAACAACAACAAAAACAACAACAGUAGCACAAGUGAUAAUGAAGCGACAUCGGAUCAAGUGGGCCUGGGACUGGUAAAGCGUAAGUUGGAUGAGUUGCACAGAGAGGUCUGCGAAUCCAAUAGCAAACGCGUUAGGACUGAGGUCGCACUGGACGCGCCCGUCAAGAUGGCCAACUCCAAUGCGCUCGAUCUAACCACAAAGGUUUGAGAAAAUGGCCGCCAUCAAGUGCUCAAAAUUUUAGCCCCCCGCUAUGCCAAAAAUGUCCCAAAAGCCAUUCAAAAAUAUAUAAAAAUUCUAUAACCAAAACCUUCGCUUUGAUUAACAAGCUCUAUUUAAGAGUUUGUUGCGUGCCGCCAUUGUUGUUGUUGCUGCUGUUGUUAUUGUUGCUGCUGCUGUUGGCCAUGUUAUCACAUCGUUUAAAACAACUAACGAAAUUGCAAAAAUAUGCUAAGCCAAACAGCGCACACGUUGAACCAUCGAUUAGCAUAAGAGUCAGCCGCUCAAACAGUCGCUCGGUCGCGUUUCAAAAAAAAAAAAAAACCGAAAAACAGUUCCAAACUAUAACAAUCAGCGUUGUCUUCGAUGUAGUCGCCGUUAAUAAUAUGCAACGAAUUAUAAACAAAUUUUUCGGUUAGCCAAAAUACAUAUAUACAAGUAUUUAUUUUUUGUAGAACGCACAAAGGUGACAGAAGACAACAGAUCAGCAGGCGGCUGAAAAGAAUAGCAAUAACAACAACAACAAAAACAAAAACAAUAGGCAAGAGCCUAAACUGUAGCAGGCGAAUAAAAAAAUGCGGCAGAGAUUCGUUUAUUUAUCUGUAUUUGUAUCUUUUGCAUAAUGUAGUAGUGGAAUUUGUAAUAUUAAGUUUCGUUUUUAAAAGAAAAUUUAUACUACCUACGAGUAUAUACUAUACAUACGAUUUCUUAAAU